AUGGCAGCACCUACCGCUGAGCAUCUCGCUCAACAGCUAGCCCGAGUCUCAUCCUUGCCCGAAGAGCUUAUCCAAGUCGUCAAGACUGCUCGUCUCGCCCUCCGCGAUGACAUCCAACUCAGGUUCGUUCGUGCGGAGCUCCCAGGGGAGGUCAUGCCGGCAUUCGUGCUCAGUAGGAAACUAAUUCUUUCCUGAUACUCCACAGAUCCAUCUAUGGCCAAUCUUCAUCGUUCUGGACCUCGUUUGCCCAAGUUUGGCGCAAUCAAGCUCAACUGCUCGCCCGGGGCGAUUCGACGAGCGAGUUGGCUUCUACUUCAAGACAAGCGAUCACCUCGUUGGCGUAUUUGCUCUUGAGCAUCUGUACGAAUGAUCAGCACAAUCAAAGAAACGCAGCGUGAGUCAGCACUAGUCUCGGAACGUGGGGCAAUCUGGUGGUCUCUUUAACGCGCAGAAUUGUCACCCCUCUGUCCCAUCCCUCGAGACAGCUCCAAGAUCGAACCCCAUCUUCGCUCCGUCCUGCUCACUGCUUCAUCGCUGACUAAUCUCGAAAAUGAGCAGUGUGAGCUUGGUGAAGUAUUCGCCUAUCUUCCAAGAGCUCGACUGAUCUCAACCCACUUUGGCUCUCCCAGUCACCCCUAUGACAAGAGCUUGCUGUCAAGCGCUCGCGAACCUCAUCACCGGCAACGAAGACUUGGCAACCCAGGUCCUUAAAGCAAGGCUCGUGCUGGAAAAGGACGACAAACUGAUUUCGUGAGACGCGUACAGGUACCUCCACGAACGAUCAUCAGAACUUAAAUGAUUUGUGCCUUUUACAGUCGAUUGUUCGCAAGUCAAGAUUCUCAAACGCUCGAAGCAUUGCUCAUUUUUCUGCUCAACGUCAUUCAUGGGAGUCAGGAGCGAUCGUGAGUCGAAAUGCUCACAAUAUCAGGUGUAUUCAAAACUGACUUGCUUAUCCCGACCAUGCCAUCAGAACCCUCUUGGCGACCUGGGGUGACGGGCCCAAAGUGCUCGAUCGGAUGCUCGUCCUCAUUGAUUCGUUCACCAGUGACGAAGAGCAAGUUGAUGGCGCGGAUCCAAGUGCUGUCAAAGGGAAAGAAGCUGUGUUCAGUCUUGGGUCAGUAACAUCAUGGCGCGUUGAGGUAGGGCGUGGAUAGGGAUGGCGAGGCUGACGAUGCCUUUGUCCGGUCGACAGAUACGCGAUCGGGCAGCAAUUAAUUGAAAAUGGAGCUUGGCCACAAGCCUAUGAGAAUCAGCGAGCGUGAGUCUUGAUCACAAGUUCUACAUCUUCGCCCUGUCGGAAAGUUCAACUGAUCGACCAUUCCUUGCGCCCAACUCUCUGCCUACAGUAUGUCAGGCUUCAUCAUCUCAGCCUCGCAAACGACCCUUCUCAAAUUCCUCGACGGCUACCUCUCCGAACACUUCCAAAGCACCCCUUCGCCACCCUCACCAUCCAUACUCUCUCUCCCUUCCUCUCUCACCCAACUUCUCGCAUCCUUCACUCAAGAUCUAUCAACUCGGGACCGAUCUAAAGAUGGAAGGGAUGCGAAUACCCUUCAAGGUGCCGUCUUGGCCGUCACGUGUUUGAAUAGUUUGGGGUUGCAUGGGACGGAAGGGAGGGAAGCAAUUGCGGUGGGGAUUGGGCCAACGAUUGGUGAGUACUGCGGUUAUCUCUUUUUCGGAGAAGAGGAAGCUCAUGCAUUCGGGUUCCAUGCGGACUUUGAUUUUGAAUUUUGCAGCCCUCCUCGCCUUCGCCAACUCGCUCCCCACCCAAACACCUCAGAUGCCUUUACCCAAAAUAUCGCCCAUAGCAGAAGAUACCUCCACAUCACCAACACAGACAUGGCUAGACCCCCCAGCGAUAGGGCAAAUCAAACGCGAAUGCGUGCGUUUCCUCGCCAUCGCGUCAUCGGAUCAUUUCAAAGCCCAAGAAGAGAUUCGCGAGAAAGGGGGUUUGGUGAUGGUGUUGGGUAUGUGUCAAAUUGAUGAUUCGAAUCCCAGUGAGUUUUGGGUGUGGUGCGAGAAGAUUGGGUUGGGACUUGGGGUGGCAAACUGAUGGGUUGGGUUUUGAUUGGUGUUUUCUUAGCGUUGAGAGAACUUGCCUUGUUCGCAAUACGGAAUUUGCUCAAGGGAAAUGAGAGGAAUCAGGCUCUCGUGUGAGUGAAGGCUUUCUUCCGGGGCGUAUUGUCGCACGAUACCAACUCGCUGACUACCAUCGCCUCGGAUUCUCCCGCAGAGCCGGCCUCGAGCCACGCUACGUCGUCGGUCGGAAUGGCGAGUUGAGGGAUCUGCCAGCGGCUCUCCGACCUGAUGGUCGUCACACCCAAGAUUUCUAG